AUGUUUCCAAAUAACUUAUCAACUCAAGCGAUUACAAGCAUCGGGCAACUACCGGUAGAAGUCAUCGAGUUGAUCAUCGAACAUUACAUCGGCAGCACAGGAGUUUUGGAGCCCAACCCUUUGAAUAGUGCGAGCAAAUCAUAUUUGCAUCCAGAGACUUCGCGGGACUUGCUCGCCUUACGCUUGUUAUCAAAAUCCUGGAGCGCAGCUAUUGUACCUUUUGUGUAUAAGGCUUUAUAUCUGAACACGGCGAGAAAGUCUGGGAUUUUAUUAGGAUCUUCGAGCAACACGUCCCACUUAGACGUUGGAGCCCUGCCCAAUCUAACACAUCUUUGCUUAGUGACUAACCCGGAUAACAUUUUGGCUUUCACUGAGUUAUGCGCCGCAGAGGGAAGGAAAAUUAGGUUCCUCGAGCUCAUAAGCCCAGGAGCUCGUGAUCAAUGCAGUCGGAUCAUAAUGGCCCUAAAGGAAUCACUCGAAGCCAUUUUCAUUGAUCCUAUCCCAGGUCGAAUUCCUAGAGGUGUUAUUAACUUGAAUUUUAAUAACCUUCGAGUAGUACGUUGCAUAACGUGUAUUUCCUCGCCAUCAGGAUACGCCUGGUUACAGAAACCGAUUUUCAAAAACAUGGAGGUGCUUAUCAUCAGCUAUUGGCAUGCGAAUACUUAUUGGAAACGGCUUUUAGAAUUACUUCAACAACGCCCGAUCACAUUACCAUCAAAAUUCAAGCGGAUCGUGCUCGUAAAUUCUAAAGGUCAAAAAUUGGCAGACACUGAAAUGGACUUGGCGAAUGGGGAUGGGGAUUAUGGUGACAAGGAUGUGAGAUAUGGGUACAGACGAGCAGCUCGGAUUAAAAAGUUAACAUUUCUGUGGAGUAACAACGAGCCAAGCAUAGCAAGCAUUUGUGAUACCGUAGAUUUUGACUUGCUCUGCCCUGAAAACAGACUUCGAGAUAAUUCCUGUUUUAGUUUACCGCCUCAUGCCCGUCACAACCUUAGAGGUACCACCCACGUAUAA